AUGUCAGACCUAAAUCAGUUUGAACACCUAAAAAUACAACUAAAAACCAUAGAAUCAGCAACCAACAACUUUUCCAAAGACCAUUGCAUUGGGGAGGGAGGAUUUGGGAAAGUGUAUAAGGGAGAACUCCUCCUUUCGAAAGGGUACACCACGGGUGCUAUAAAACGUUUAGAUCGUACAUUUGGGCAAGGAGACUCUGAGUUUUGGAAAGAGGUCAUGACACUCUCGGUUUACAGGCAUCAGAAUAUUGUCUCCCUCUUAGGGUACUGUGAUGAGAAAGGAGAGAAGAUUCUCGUGUACGAGUAUGCAUGUAACAAAAGUCUGGACUCACAUCUCAACAACAACAAUCUAAAAUGGGUUCAACGCCUUAAAAUAUGUAUUGGGGCAGCUUGUGGACUCGCGUACCUUCAUAAUCCUGCAGGUACCCAACAAAGAGUAUUACACCGUGAUAUCAAGAGUUCGAACAUCUUAUUAGAUGAAAAUUGGAAUGCUAGUAUUGCGGAUCUGGGUCUUUCAAAACUUGGUCCUGCUAACCAACAAUACACAUUUCUUGUCUCCAACAAUACUGUAGGUACGAUUGGGUAUUGUGAUCCGGUGUAUAUAGAGUCCGGGAUACUAACAAAGGAGUCGGACGUUUACUCCUUUGGUGUGGUGCUAUUUGAAGUUUUGUGUGGGAGGUUGUGUAUUAUCAACAACGAUAGGCGUCCACACUUUGUUGAAUUGGUGCAAAAGUCCUAUGAAGAGAAAAACCUAAAUGAAAUUAUUUGGGAUAAAAUAAAGGAAGAAAUACAUCCCAAGUCUCUUGAUGAGUUUUCAGCAAUUGCAUAUCAAUGUUUGAAUGGAGAACGUAAGAAACGCCCAUCAAUGAACAAGAUAGUGAGAAAACUUAAAACUGCACUCGAACAUCAAGAAGGUCUCGAGGUUAAAUCUCAAAAAGGAAAGACCAAAGCUAUAGCCAUCAUGACCCAAGAGCUGCCACAACCACAACCAGUGUCAGCCACAACUAUCAUCCUAGACAAAGCCAUCGAGAAUGAUAGCAAGAGCAAGGGCAAAGAUAAAGAUAAAAGCAAGAGCAAGGACAAAGACAAAAGCAAGAGCAAGAGAAAUAGAAAAAGCGAGAAACAACAACCAGAAUCAUCCACGGUGAGCUCCAAAGCUAGAUCUACAGCCAAAUCUAGGGUGAGGGGAAACAAAAAGGAAAAGGCAAAGGAAAGGGCAAGGGCAAGGUUGGUGAGGGUCAGGUGGGCCAGGGUGGUCAGGCUGGCAAGCGCUAAAAAAAGGGAGAGGAGGAGAGCCAAAGAGAGCUGGAAUGAGAGCGGUAGUGGUAGCAUGGGCGGUAGGGAGAGCGAGAGCGAGAGCAACAGCGAGAGCGACAGGCGAAGUGGAAGCGAGGAAAAUAGAGAGAGCGGUAGUGGAAGCGAAGGCGGUAGAGAGAGCGUUAGUGGAAGAGAGGACGGUAGAGAGAGUGGUAGCGAAAGUGAGGGCGGUAAAGAGAAUGAUAGCGGAAGCGAGGGCGGUAGAGAGAGCGAUAGCGAAAGUGAGGGUGGUAGAGAGAGCGAUAGCGAAAGCGGGGGUGGUAGAGAGAGUGAUAGCAAAAGUGAAACCGAUGCCGGUAUCGAUGGUGGGGAGAGUGAGGGUGGUAGUGGCAACGAGGGUGAAAGUGGGAGUGAGAGUGAGAGUGAGAGUGAAAGUGAGGGUGAGAGCAGAAGCUGGAGUUGGGAAGGGGACGGUAGAGGUGGUAGGGGUAGGAUAUGGGGCAAUGCAUAUGGUGGGGGUAGGCGUUGGGUUAGUGACAAUACGAAUGCAAGGGGAGAGAGUUGGGGAGGGGGUAGUAGCAGAGGUGGGAACAGGAGUAGUAGCAGUAGUAGUGAUCGUGGCGGGGGUGGUAAUAUGAGUAGUAGUAGUAGUGAUAGCUAG